GACAGCUAAACAAAGCCCAUUCCCCCACCUUGUACCGCCAAAUCCGAGACAAGCUUGAAAGCGAAGUCCUAGUCCUAUGCCAUACCCCAUUCCUUUCUUGUUGGGAGUUCGGUCCACUCCAUUUUACCUUUCCCUGCAUCAAUGCCCAUUGCCAUCAUUGCCCAAUGAAAGCUUUUGAUUAAUACAUACACUUACUGUAGUCUGUAGUGAAUAGAGAUCAAUCAAUGGCUUCUAGCUCUAUUUAUAGUCCGCCGGCCGAACCAAAGAGUGCCACACACCCAUUCCCCAUCUCCCUCUCUUCGAUUCCCUCUGGUUCAAUGGCGUGUCAAGAGCAGCCUCUGCCUCAUGGCUUCCUUUUGGACUCUUCAUGCUUCCCCAGUUAUCUCUUUUCACCGCUUGACGACGCAUGCAGCUCUGCCGUUGUGAAUGACAACUCUGCUGCUUCUGCUUCGUUUGAUGGCCACUUUGUUUGCUCAGUGAUUGCGAAUCAAGAAGCUUCAACUACAAUUGAGAACAAAAGAAAGAGUAGAUCGGAUGAGACCAGUUUGCCCACUGCGUCAACUCAAUGCAAGAAUAAUGCAAAGGAAGGCAAGAGCAAGAGGCAGAAGCGAGCUGCAAAGAAAACAGAGGAAAAGAAACAGAGCUCCAACUCAGAUGUAUAUGUUAGAGCAAAGAGAGGUCAAGCAACAGAUAGCCACAGUCUCGCAGAGAGGUUGAGAAGAGAGAAGAUUAGUGAAAGAAUGAAGAUGCUGCAGGGCCUUGUUCCUGGCUGUGACAAGGUGACUGGAAAAGCACUAAUGCUGGAUGAGAUAAUUAACUACGUGCAGUCCUUGCAAAACCAAGUUGAGUUUCUAUCGAUGAAGAUUGCAUCCUUGAGUCCUGUGCUAUACGACUUCAACAUGGACCUCAUGGACUGCAUCAAUCAACAGCAGAAACUGAUCAGGGGCAUAGUACAGCAACCGCAGCCUUGUGUGGAACAAAAUAACCACCUUCAGUCUCAGGCUAAAUCUUAUGAGAAUGAAGCAUUCACAAGCUACCAGCUGAUGGAGAACGCAGCAGGAGCUCCCUCACUGCAUUCCCAAGCACACACAAGCUUCUCUCAGGAAGUUACUGGUAGUCCCCUCCAAGUGGAUGCACCAAGACAAGGCUUCCUGGAUCAAGCAGCGUUUCUGAACAUGUGCCACUUCCAAGGACGAGCCCCAUGGCCAAGAACAGAAAGAACUACAACUCCAAGCUUAGAAUCAGUGAUUGAAACAUUGAAGAGAGAGAGAGAGAGAUGGAAGGCUAAACAAGGGAGAAGAAAGGAAGACAAGAGGAGGAAUUCGAUAAAGGCUUGCUAUUUGUCAUCUUGAACUCUGAACAUGGUUUUGAAAGUGUAUGUAUGGUGAAAAAUUCAAAAAAACAAAACCAGUGAGACUCUUGUCGUU